AUCUUUCUCCUGUUCUAUAACCUUCAUGUCACAUACAUAAAGUUUAUCAGUCAUAACACGUGUUUUAAAAUCAAAACAGAAUUUAAUAACAAUUUGUAAUUGUAUUCUAAAUAUAGUUAAAAAUAAUAGAAAAUAUAACAUAAAUAAUGGGAAAAAAGAGAAAAUUACCCUUAGAAGAUGAAUAUGAUCCAACACCAAAACAUUUAGUGCCUGUACACGAAAAAUUUAAUGAAAAACGUUUAAUUGUAAUUUUAGAAGGGGCUCAGUUAGAAAGUGUUAAGGUUGGAAAUAAUUUUGAACUAUUAAAUUGUGAUGAUCAUGCCCAUAUUUUAAGGAAACAAAAUCGGGAUACAAAGUCCUGUCGACCAGAUAUUACACAUCAAUGUUUGUUAAUGUUAUUGGAUAGUCCACUCAACAGGGCUGGAUUUCUUCAAGUUUACGUACAUACACAAAAUAAUGUUUUAAUUGAAAUUAAUCCACAAACUCGAAUACCUCGGACUUUUAAACGAUUCGCUGGACUUAUGGUACAAUUACUUCAUAAAUUUUCGGUACGAGCUAACGAUGGAAACUUAAAAUUAUUGAAAGUUAUUAAAAAUCCAAUAACCAGUCAUUUGCCAGUUGGAAUAUCAAAACUUGGAAUGAGUUAUUCAUCCACAAAGGUAAAAAAACCAUCUGAAUUAGUUCCAGAUUCUGAGAGUCCAAUUGCAAUUGUAAUUGGUGCAUUCGCUCAUGGACAAAUCAAUGUUGAUUACACAGAAGAUAAUGUUUCAAUCAGUAAUUAUCCCCUUUCAGGGGCAUUAACAUGUUCGAAAUUGUGUUCGGCUUUUGAGGAAGCAUGGGGAGUUCUAUAGGUUAAUAUAAUUUUUGUAAAAUGUAUUUUUUAGAAACUCGAAAUGUUGUAUUUAUCUGAUAAAAUAAAUUAAACUGUAAAUAGGUA